AUGGAUGAAGGCGCCAACGUCAUGCAUCACUGCAACGAGGUCCUGAACAUCACCGCCAAGCUUAGCAGCAUCGGUGCGAAGAUGGAGGACGAGGACGUCGCAAUUUGCCUUCUGCUCAGUCUCCCUAAAAGUUUUGAGAACGUUAUUCUAAACUUGGAGAUGAGCAGCGUAGAGCUUCGUACCCAAGAUGUGGUGAAAGUGCUCACGAAUGAGCACACCAAGCGCCAAGGGGAGAAGGUGACAACAACAGCGACGAUGGUCAAAACUGAAGAUGCAGCCAAGUCCUUCAACACUGAGCGCGAGCCAUACAAGUGCACCUACUGUGGGAAGGUGGGACGCACCGUCGAUCGCUGUUGGACCAAGCAGAAGAAUGAAAGUCGAGGAGCCCGACGCGGCGGCAAUGGUCGUGGACGCGGGGCAAACAAUGUCCAGUGGGGACAAUAUCGUGAUGAAGACAGCGACUACGAUCAAGUAGCGUUUGCAGUUUCGCUAGAGUGUGGACUCUCAGCGAAGAAGUACGUGUUCGGAAUGUGGGCCGUCGACAGUGGUGCAACACACCACAUAUGCCACGACAAGACGAAGUUUGCAAGACUGAACAAGCGCAACGACGGUGAAAUCUUGGUGGCAAAUGGCAACAAAGUGGCCAUCAAGGAUGUUGGAACCAUCUUUGAAAAGGUGGUUCUGCCCGACGGUGAAGAGCGCGAGAUCGAGAUCAAGAACGUGCUUUACGUACCAAGCAUGAGCAAGAAUCUACUUUCGGAACCGCAGAUCAACGAGCACGGAAAGUUUCAAGUCGUGUUCGACUGGACCAAGAUGUUUGUCGCUCUCAAAGGAUCGCAACAAGUGGUGGCAACAGCAGAUCUUGUGGAUGCCUUUACUGGCUUCACACAGCUCACCGAUCGGCCAAUGCGACAACAAACGGAAGCAACGGUGUCAAAUUACAUGCGCGGAUGGGACACGCUCCAGCUGAUGUGCUUCGCAAAAUGGUGGCCACGAACAUGA